AUGCCGGCGAGGUGCGUAAAGUGCGCGGGCCUUCACGCCACAAAAGACUGCCGGAAACCAGAGAGCGAGCCGCCAAAAUGUGUAGUGUGCUCUGGAGACCACCCAGCAUCUUGGAAAGGCUGCCCGGAACACCAAAAGUAUAUUCACCGCCCCAGACAGCCGACAGAGGGACAGCAGAAACAGCGUGCGCCCUCGAACAACAGACAACCCCGACAAAACAAAAGAAAGGGCGGAAGACAAACGAGAACAGACACCAACCAGGAGUUAAGAAACACACCACAGACGAAAUACGACCAAACAAACAGAGAAACCCUCCCAGAAAGAGUCCCCACUCCAGGGGAAACAAUACAACAGGCGAAAAAUGACGAAGCAGAAAAAGCGACACACAGAGCAGACAGACCAGACACACACCAAGCAGAGGGCGCGCGCUCCCCACGCCCCCCACGCUCACAACAAACAAGACCACAGUUUCCACCUCUCCCUGCGCGACGACAGGUCCAGCCGGACAUUGCCGCUGCCGCACACGCGGAGGCGGCAGGCACAGACAAGAACACGCCAACACCUCGCCGCCGCUCCUUCAGAGAGGCACUAACAUCACCAACGACCGACACUACACCAAAUCACAUCCAAACAGACACGAGAAAACCAACACAGAUACAAAAAGAGACAACACAAAACAAACAGGAAACCACUGACACAACACACACAAAUGAGAAAGGACUGCUCGUGGACGCCCUAUGGGUGAUCAUAAACACGAUCCGAUCCCUCGAGCAGGACACAAACAUCGUCACAACAAUACUACACACGGCAAACGCGCUCCGGCAAGCAUCGGACAGGACGGAGAAGACACAAAUAAUACUACAGGGUCUGCUUAGUGCGUUCAUGUAG